AUGACACUGGAAGUAGGGGUCAGGUUAGGAAGUAGGGGCCAGGUAGGAGCUACUGUAGCUCAUGUUACAUCAAAGGAAAAUAGUUCAAAACUUAGUCUAAAAAAACUAUUAGCAAAACAAGCUGAGAAAGUAGAAGCUACAGUAAAAGAAGAGUGUUUAUCCGUCACUGAAAAGACCAAUCUGCCCCUGGCAAGAGUUGCUAUAAAUAUAAACACAGCAUACUGCCAAGAUACGCCUUUUCACUUACUCCUUGUCUCUGAGAUGACUACUAUUAGGACUCCUCACCAAGACAUGCUGACUAGUGUUCUGCAACGAUUGAAAUUACCAGCUCAGACAUACGAAUUCGACAAGUCGAUGAAGGGUUGGUUUUACGGCCAUGUUUACUUCAGCUACGAGCAUCCGGUUUCGAAACAGAUGGUCAACGAAGUCUGCAUUGUUCGUACCGAUACAAACUAUGAUGAUGCAAAGGAGAAAGUUUCACAACUUGCUGUGGACUUCCUGAGAGCAAAUUGUGGUGUUGAAAUCGAGAGGUUCGACUCUUUUUUACUUCGAAAGAUUUCCGCUGAGGCAGCGGAAAAAUUUAUGUAGGCGCAAUUGGCAUUUUUCCGCGAAAGAAGACAUUUACGUCGCACUUGAAUAAUUGCUUGUUCUGAAAAGUUAAUCAGUCUAUUAAUUAAGUUGUAAUCUAAGUGUUAGAUCAGUUAAAUUGUGUUGUAAUGUAAUGUUUAAUUACAUGUUUUUGUUGAACAUCAUGAAUAUCUAAUCUAAAUGUUUGUAUCUGAUUAUUGCUA